GUUAAUUUUAUUCCUACAUUUUCUGUCGUGUCAAGUUCGCUAGCGACCAAGGAUCCAACUCAGCGCGCAGAAGGUCGAUUCAUCGUGUUUUCUCGUUGUUUUGUCAUUUUAUUCCGGUUUCAAGAUGCGUAAGCGGUGCGAAUAUUCGGUAACAACUGGCACGAUAACGGUGUCAAGUCCACGCUAGCCUUUACGAAAACGCGUCGUCCGGUCUACGGUUUGUUGGAACCGCUUCAAAUGAUUCCUGCUCUGUCGCUUUAAAUGUCACGCGCAUAAUUUGUCUCUCACGAAACAGGGUAGAAGAGCAGCGUUGACCGUGAAACGAUGGUACCUCCUAUAACGAGAUAGCUUGCGCGAAGUCGAACAACGACGUCAUUCGUUUUCUAUGCAGAGUCGUUAUCGAGCGUAUUACAAUAUCGAUGGUAUUUACCAGACUGGAACGCGUGUUUGCUAUUAUAAUGGCAAAAAAUCGUUGAACCGCGACGUUAAGCAUCGAAUAGGAUGCAAGAGGUUGAAAAUUCUGGGACGUUGAUGAGCGUUCUAAUGCGGAAUAUAGGAUAAGAAAAUCACGAAUCGCGUCACGAAUCUAGGAGCACGAUUAUAAGUUAGCGCGCGACUAUCCGCGAACGGACGAGCAAAACGAUCUUGACCCGUUUCGUGUCAUUAGGAACAGACGCGACGACGCGCAUCCAUCUACCUACUACGUUUUAAUAUGUGUCUGACCCUUCGGACGAUUAACGCAUACUCUCGUAAUCAACGAAGCUAGAAACCGACGUUACUGCCAAAGAAUCAAGGACAGGAACUAGGAUCGAAAUAAUAAUCUUGACCGUGAAAGUGUACGAACGAAGCAGGUACCUCGAACGGAGAGCCAGCUGGAUACAAGAACAAAACAGAACUUGAUAAACCCACGUUAUUCCAUAAUGCAGGAGAUUAUAAAAGUAAGUAUAGUCAUUACUUGGUUUUUUCCUUGCAUUCUCCUGUUACCAAUGUUUUUCUCGGUUGUAUCUUUUCAAUUAGUUACGAAAUAAGAAUAAUCAUUAAAGAAUGGAAAAUAUGUACGAACAUAUAUCGAAGCGUGUUUGCGUGAUCGAUGUCGAAUAACUACUCUAUGGUAACGAGGAGACCAAAUAUAUUCCCGAUGUUUGUGGGCUCUAUUUGUUCCGAAAAAGAAUGAUCACUUUCGAUCGUUAACAUCAUCGAAUAAAAUUAAUUCACAAAAUCAUGGGGAACACGGAGAGUAACGUAACUAGCGGCGUGAAGAAACAAACAGACUCCUCUUCUAUCUUACUUUACAAGCUGGUCGAUUUAAAAGGUGGUGGUUUAUUAGUGGACAUGAUGAAAAGAGCAACGCAAACUAAACAGUACGCUGAACUAGAUCACGCUCUAAGAACAAAAGUGGAGCCGUAUUUAUACAAUAAGGGUAAAGGUAAAUGGAUCCCGAUAGAAAAGUUGGUUCUACUGCGGAAUAAAGAUCGUCCGAAGCAUAAAAUGCUUCCACCAUUGAGGGCUAUGGAGAAUCCGGCUGAUUACGACAUAGACAAGGAUAUGGGCGAGGAAGAAGUGGACGAAACGAAGAUAGGUGAACAUAAAAGCAAGUACAGAUUGGUCUGCUGGAGCUUGAGUCAAAGAGGAGCAGUAGGAGAGACGAUUAUGCAUUUAUGCAUGUUACAUGCGACUGCUAUUCACACCGAUCUGGCUAAACGUUUACUACGUUUCUAUCCUAAGCUCAUCAAUGACAUCUAUAUCAGUGACGAAUACUAUGGUGAAAAUGCAUUACACAUCGCUAUAGUGAACGAAGAUCCAGCUAUGGUAAAGUUCCUUCUAGACAGCGGCGCCGACGUGCACGAAAGAUGCGUAGGAAAUUUUAUGUGUCCGGAGGAUCAGAAAGCGUCGAGAACAGACAGCGUGGACCACGAAUGGGUUUGCGUGGCUCCCGAAACGAAUUACAGCGGAUACGUUUACUGGGGUGAAUAUCCAUUAAACUUCGCCGCGUGUUUAGGCCAAGAAGAGUGCUACAGAUUGAUACUCGCUAGAGGAGCAGAUCCCGACAAGCAAGACACCAAUGGAAACACGGUUCUGCACAUGUUGGUGAUCUAUGAAAAGAUGGCCACGUUCGAUAUGGCGUACGAGGUAGGAGCAUCGUUAUCGAUCAGAAACGCGCAACAUUUGACACCGCUGACGUUAUCGGCGAAGCUGGCAAGGAUCGAAAUGUUUUUUCACAUUUUGAACAUCGAGAGGGAGAUUUAUUGGCAGAUUGGCAGCAUUACGUGUGCGGCUUAUCCCCUCUCGCAAGUGGACACUAUCGAUGUGAACACUGGUAGCAUCAGCCACACUUCCGCCCUGAAUCUGGUGGUCUUUGGAGAAAAGGAUGAGCACUUGGAACUAAUGGAUGGUACCAUGGUUGACCUAUUAAACGCGAAGUGGAACACCUUUGUCAAGUCCAGAUUUUAUCGCCAGUUCUUCCUAUUUUGUUUUUACUUUAUUCUUUACUUGAUCAGUUUCACUCUUCGACCUGGUCCUUCGGUCACAUCGACUGCUACAACUGCUCCGACUACAGAAUCGACCACACCGAAAUUGCCAGAUCCUCCUCCAAAUUUUAUUCCAGUUACGAAUCAAAAAACGUUUCUCGAAGCGAGCCUCUCGUCGUCCUUGGAUGAAAUUGUGACAAACGCCCUGAAUUUAAAUUUCCCUUCGAACGCGACGGCUCGCUUUGACGAUCUAAAACUCGAUCUCGUAACCCACAUAAUGUCUAAUCUGAAGAACAUAUUGAAUGGGAACGAGACCAAAAACGAGCCAUUUAACAGCUCCCAACUCGCCAGGUUUGACAAACAUUUAUUCCGCGAAAAUGACACUGAUUAUUCUACUAGCAUCUUGAACGAGACCGCCGACGUUGAUUCCACGACGAAGUUUUCGUUUGACAAUUCUGUACUGUUUGAGGCUGAUAAUAAAAGCGAUUGGUGGACUGAUCUUACCACAGAAUGCCGAUUAAUGCAACUGACCACCGCAUCCGCGAAGAUCCGAUUAAUCGCAGAAAUAUUUAUGGAAAUCGCAGCUAUUCUUUACAUUCUUGCAGCGCUAAGAGAGGCCAGGUUUCUAGGUCUCAACAUGUUCAUCGAAAAUCUGAUGACUGUACCAUCGAGAGUAAUGUUUCUCUUCUCCUGUUGCAUACUGCUCUCUUUUCCGUUUCUGAGAUUAUCCUGUGCUGACGAAGUGGAAGAUGUGCUAGCAGUGGUAGUAAUGUUGACUACAGCACCAUAUUUUUUGUUCUUCUGCAGAGGUUUCAAAACGGUCGGCCCUUUCGUCGUGAUGAUUUAUAGAAUGAUCAUGGGCGACCUACUUCGGUUCGUAUCCAUCUAUUUGGUCUUUGUAAUUGGAUUUUCUCAAGCUUAUUACAUCAUAUUUCUAUCUUUUGAUAAUCCAAACACGCCAGAAGGUGUUGAUGAUUCAGUGAGCAAUCCAAUGCCAUCACCAAUAGAAAGCAUCAUGGCAAUGUUUCUAAUGAGUAUGACGAACUUUGGAGAUUACUAUGGUGCAUUUGAGAGGACCCGACAUGAAAUGGAAGCCAAGUUUCUGUUUGUUGUAUACAUGGCUAUUGUUGCUAUCUUACUUGUGAACAUGUUGAUUGCUAUGAUGGGGAAUACGUAUCAAAAAAUUGCAGAAACUAGGAAUGAAUGGCAGAGACAAUGGGCACGUAUAGUUUUGGUAGUAGAAAGAGGAGUAAGUCCUCAAGAAAGGCUUAAAAAAUUGAUGGAUUAUUCUCAACCAAUGUCUGAUGGCCGCAGAGCAUUGGUGCUCAGAUUAAAUCAAUCGGAAGAAGAUAAGGAAGAAAUGAAGGAGAUUUUGGAAAUGAAGAGGACUCAUGAGAGAUUAUAUAAAAAGAGGCAACUUAAAACAACAAAAGAAAAGACUACAAUAACAGAGGAGAAUGUUACUUUAUAGUAUUAUUUUUAUUCUAUAAAUAUAAAGACAUUCAUUCUGU